GCUAUAUUGAAAACUCGCAACCCUUAUUUUUCUUAUUUUUUUUUCUUUUUUAAAAGAAGAAUCAAGAACUCUAUUAGAACGGUCAACCAAUGUUUAAAAAUAAUUGUUAAAGUUUACCGAGAUAAACUUGCAAUGUGUCCUCUCCCACUCACCGCAUGUCUGUCCAGUAUCCACCACAGCAUUCAGUUCUGCUAGUAAGUAGUGGAUAUGAUCAUACAAUUCGAUUCUGGGAAGCACUAAGCGGUAUUUGUUCAAGAACAAUCCAGCAUGCCGACACACAAGUGAAUCGACUUUGUAUAUCGCCAAACAAGCGUUUUCUAGCUGCUGCUGGAAACCCGCAUGUACGCCUUUAUGACAUUAAUUCUAAUAGUCAAUUGCCCCUAAUGACUUUUGAAGGACAUACGAAUAAUGUAACUGCUGUAGCUUUUCAUUGCGAUGGGAAAUGGCUGGCAACGUCAAGCGAAGAUGGUACCGUGAAGGUGUGGGACAUGCGUGCACCAUCUGUACAAAGAAACUACGAUCAUAAAUCACCCGUAAAUGAUCUUUUGAUCCAUCCAAACCAAGGAGAACUAAUAUGUUGCGAUCAAAAUGGAAGGGUAAGUGCAUGGGAUUUGGGUGAAGAUUCAUGUACACACGAAUUGAUUCCUGAGGAAGAUGUGCCGAUGAGUAGUGUUACAGCCGCCUCCGACGGAAGUAUGCUCAUUGCAGGAAAUAACAAAGGUAAUUGCUAUGUUUGGAGGAUGCUCAAUCAUCAAGGAGCUUCCUUGCUCCAGCCAGUUGUGAAAUUCCAAGCUCAUCAGCGAUAUAUCACAAGGUGUGUGCUUUCUCCCGAUGUUAAACACUUGGCUACCUGUUCUGCUGAUUCCACUGUUAAUAUUUGGAGCACUGACGAUAUGUCUUUCAUGUUGGAAAGGCGCCUACAAGGGCAUCAAAGAUGGGUUUGGGAUUGUGCGUUCUCAGCCGAUUCAACGUACCUAGUUACUGCUUCAUCUGAUCAUGUUUCUCGUCUAUGGGAACUUUCAAGUGGGGAAACAAUUCGCCAAUACUCGGGCCAUCACAAAGCAGCUGUAUGCGUUGCUUUGAAUGAUUAUCAAAUAUGAUUUGUAAACAUGUAUAUUUAAAUUAUAUCUAGGAUUCGCUACCUCGUUUUCUUAAUGUAUUAUAUUGAACUUCCUUAAACAGGACGAUCGGGGGUUUCUAUCCAAGAAUAAGGAUUCACUGUGAAUCAUUUUUGUCAAUGUUUAAUGUUAUGAAGAUG